GCCUUGUUUUGACUCCCAAGCAAGGAGGAGGAGGAGGAAGAGGAGGAGUGGAUGGAGGGGGACACCUUCUCAGGCCUUGUCAAUGGUACCCAAGUGGACAACAAAGUUCUCCAGAAUUUCCAGAAGAGCUUUGUCCAGGUCCAGAGCAUCUUGGAUCAGAAUAGGCUGUUGAUCAAUGAGAUCAACCAGAACCAUGAGUCGAAAAUCCCCGACAACCUCAACCGGAAUGUCGGCCUGAUCCGAGAGCUCAACAACAACAUCCGGAGGGUCGUCGACCUUUACGCCGACCUCUCGAGCUCAUUUGCCAGGUCCAUGGAGUCCUCGGAGGGAGACUCAGCUGGCACUCUUAGGUCUGAUGGGAAGGCCGGCCAGAAGAGAAUUAGGCCCGGGUAGAGGCAAAGUGAGGCAGAGCCCCUUGUAUUUUUUCCUUAGAGGCACACAUAUAAUGGUGCUAGGAUUGGACCUUGAUAGCUUGGUAGAGAAAGAGAGAGAGAGAGUAGAGUCCAAUAAUAGGUGAUUUCUUGCAUUGUUGUAAUCCUAUCUAACUCUUCUUUUCUCUCUGCUCUCAUUGAAAUGAUGCUCUGCCUGUGUUCUGAAAUAGUCUAAUUUUCUUCUAGUGUUCUUGUGUCUGUCCUAUGGGCAUACCUUCGUUGGAAGUUCCCAUAAUAAUAGAGUGAGCAUUACAGCUUUUCUUA